AUGUUGAAUUCAACUUCUUCAUCUUUUCCUUACUUCAUCCUUGGAGCUUACAUGGAGGUUGGAAGGUUGAAGUACUUGUACUUUGUGAUUAUUUCCCUGUUUUACGUUGCCGUCAUUGUUGCCAACACAUCCAUCAUCACAGUGAUCUGCUGCACCAGGAGCCUCCAUGAACCCAUGUUUCUGUUCCUGCUCAGUCUGUUUGUGAACGAGCUGUACGGCAGCAUCGGCCUGUUCCCGGUCCUGCUGCUCCAGGUCCUCUCUGAUGUUCACACCGUUCCUGUUCCGCUCUGCUACCUGCAGAUCUUCUGCUUGUUCUCGUAUGUCAAUGUUGAGUUCUGUAACCUGGCCGUCAUGUCUUAUGACAGGUAUGUGGCCAUCUGUCAUCCUCUAGAAUACAACACUCGUAUGUCAGCCACCACAGUGAUGGUCUUAAUUGUGGUGGUGUGGUUUUACAGCUUUGUCAAAGUUUUUAUCACUUUAUUCCUUAACUUGCGCCUGACGCUGUGUGGGAACGUCAUCUACAGCCUGUACUGCCAUAACUACCUGGUGGUGAAGUUGGCGUGUUCUGACAUCACGGUCAACAACAUUUAUGGGCUGUUCAGUACCGUCCUCAGCGUCUUAGUCCCUCUGCUUCCAAUCCUGUUUUCUUACAUAAAAAUCCUCAGAGUCUGUUCUGCUGCUUCCACACAGACCAGGAGGAAAGCCGUCAGCACUUGCACGCCUCAUCUCACCUCCCUCCUCAACUUUUCUUUUGGAUGUUUGUUUGAGAUUCUUCAGAGCAGGUUUGAUAGGACCGGUCCUCCCAGUGUGCUGCAGCUUAUCAUGUCUCUGUACUUUCUGAUGCUUCAGCCUCUCCUGAAUCCGCUCAUGUUUGGUUUGCAGAUGUCCAAAAUAAGAAAUGCGUGCAAACAUUUCCUCAAUAAGAAGAAGCUGACUGAUCACAGAGAGCCCAUGUCCCAGCGGGUGAAGCUGGAGAAGUGCAUCUCCAGCCCCAGGUCCACCAUUACCGGCUCCCCGCAGGGCUGCGUUCUGUCCCCUCUCCUAUUCUCCCUGUACACCACCAACUGCGUUUCCCUCCACCCCUCGGUCAAGCUUCUAAAGUUCGCUGACAACACCACCCUGGUGGGCCUCAUCUCUAGGUGUGACGAGUUGGCCUACAGGAGGGAGAUCGAGUGGUUGCUGAGCUGGUGCUGCCACAACAACCUGGAACUUAACAACUGCAAGACAGUGGAGAUGGUUGUGGAAUUCAGGAGGAAUGCAGCCCCUCCCCUCCCCAUCAUGCUGGGAGACACACAGGUGGACUCUGUGGACUCUUUCCGCUUUCUGGGAAUCACCAUCACCAGGGACUUGAAAUGGGAACUGAAUUCCACGGCGCUCCUGAAAAAAGCCCAGAAAAGACUGUUCUUCCUCCGACAGCUGAGGAAAUUCAGGCUGCCAAGGACCAUGAUGGCCCAAUUUUACAAGGCUAUCAUUGAAUCCAUUCUCACCCACUCCAUCAUCACCUGGUUCCCCGCUACAGCAGCAAGGGACCUCCACAAGCUGCAGCGAGUGACAAGCUCUGCGGAGAGAGUGAUUGGCUGCCCGUUGACCUCCCGGAAGUCCCUGUACGACUCCAGGGCAUUGAAGAGGGCUAGGAAGAUCAUGGCCGAUCCCUCUCACCCUGGCCAUGGCCUCUUCACCGUCCUCCCCUCUGGUAGGAGGCUGAGGCUACCUAAGGCUGUGAAAGCCCGCCACAUACUCAGCUUCUUCCCCUCAGCUGCCAGGCUGAUCAAUGACUCAGGUGCCCCAGAAGUAUGGUUAUAG